AUGAAGGCACGAAAGUGCUGCUGGACGUGCACAGAGCCAGGGCUGCCAUACAACGCCAUCAUAAUGCAACCUUCGGAAGGCUCGGGCGAGUGGCUUUUGCACACAUGGGGGGCUGUUGACAUGAUUCACGCCACUCGUCUAAAGGACGAACCGCAUGACAGCGACGUUGGUCAAUUGUUGAGCUGGGCUUACUAUCAUGAGACCCAAUCUCGGUUCGCUUUGCACCAUUGGCGCCAUAAGUCUUUCGUUCCUACGACAUCAGUCAAGCAGAACCCAAUACUUCAAAAUCCCCAGUAUCCACCCUUGACGAGAUAUAGACCCCCCUGGCAGAACUUACCGCCCGUGAAUCCGACUUAUGCGAUUCUCAACCUGCUUUCCGAGGUUUGCGACACGCUAGUAGAUCCUCGGGAUCCUCGAAGUCAGGACGAAAGCUACCAGAAUCAGCUCAAGAACCUUGGCGGAAGGGUCCGAGAUAUCUCUGUCAAACCAGCCAUCCCAUCGGCUUCAGAUCCGGAGGCCGCCUUCGCUAUCGAACUGUACCAGAUGGCGACUCAGAUCUAUCUUGUACGAGCCUCGCAAAGCCCAUGGGAACCCCCUGCGGACCUUGAUGCUCUGGUGGAGGCGGCUUUCGCGGGACCUGUUCAGUCAUGCACCUGCGAGCACUUCUUUCCUCUACUGAUUCUUGCUUGCGAGGCACAACGUGACGAACAGAGGAUCGGCAUCAUCAAUCUGAUCGAAAGAACCCAAAGAGAUGUUCGAAUACGAAGCAUACAAGCAGUCAAGAAUACCAUACAGUCCAUUUGGGUGCAGCAAGAUCUGCACAAGGAUGACGAUGUGUUGGUGGACUAUCUUGGCACCUUGAGUUCGGCGAUCAGCUCCAGCAAUACAGUACCAUCAUUCGCAUAG